GCGGGUUUAUUCGCUCAGUGUUUGUUAGCUUGAGCCCGUUGGGGCGAGAUGAUAUCGGUAGAGGACGGAGACUCAAGUAUGUGUUUGUCUGAGAGAAGUGUUGUUCAAGUCGAAUGUGACGGAAUCUUAGCCGAACGCUAGCCAUAACUCCACUCUCCCUCGCUCUCUUUUACUCUGUGUGCUAAUCAGCAUUUGAAAGGCAGCUUUGACAGUGAGAAAGAAAGUGAGGGCAGUGGGGAGGAGGGAGUGUAAACGAGAAAGAAACGAGAGAGAGAGAGAGAGAGAGAGGUAGGGGCCGUACAAGCAUUUCUUUUAUAUUUACUAGCGAUUGAGGAGAGAGAGAGAGAGGGAGCGGGUGAAGAGACGACCGGUGCGUGCAGCUUUCCCAAGAGGAAAUGAAAAGAAAAGAAGCUCAACGAGGAAAGAGAGACAGCCAAAGCGGGGAGCACGCCAGAGAAGGAAACAGACUCGCAUCCUCUAACUCCAGUCAUAUCUGAGACGAUCCCGCUAGGAAAGUGAGGGAGGAGAGAGAGGGAGAGCGUGGUCACCGCCGCUGUGCGCCCACAAACACACACACACACAUUCUUGCGGCAGCAGACCGCUGUGUGUUCGCCUGCUCUUUUGUGCCGGCAGCUGGGAUUGUUCUUGGCCCCGUCUGACCCCCUUGUCACCCCCUGUGUGAGUGUGUGUUUGUGCGUGUGUGUGUGUGGGAGCACGAGGGGUCCUGGAACGUGGACUGAGCGGAGGGGAGGGUCACCGGUUCGGGUGUCCGGACGGAGGAGGAGAGAAACAUCUGCCUCCAAAACAGCUGGACAUGCACAUCAGCUCUUCUGUUGGGGGUCUCGGACUGACAUAGCCUCGGCCAAUCACAGCCUGAGUUAGAGGUGGCGGCCCAUAGGGGGCGUGAUGGCGGCCAUGCCGUUCGUCAGCGAGGGGAAGUGUGUGAGUGUGGAGUGGGACUUCCUACAGGGGCUCCUCGCCAAACCACCCACCUUACCCUGCUUGCAGAACUUGAGGAAGGAGAAAUCGCGCAAUGCAGCUCGUUCUCGGCGGGGUAAGGAGAACUUUGAGUUCUUCGAGCUGGCAAAGAUGCUUCCCCUCCCCGGGGCAAUUACCAGCCAGCUGGACAAGGCCUCCAUCAUCCGCCUCACCAUCAGUUACCUGCACAUGAGACACUUUGCCAGCCAGGGAGACCCACCCUGGAGCCCUCUAAUGGAGGGAGAGAACAACUGCAACAAGGUGCGAAGAACAAGUCAUUCGUUGGUCACUGACAUAUUUGAACAGCACUUGGGAGCUCAUCUACUACAGUCUCUGGAUGGAUUUGUGUUUGUGGUCAGUCAGGAAGGCCGAUUUCUGUAUAUCUCAGAGACUGUGUCCAUCUACCUUGGCCUUUCACAGGUUGAGUUGACUGGCAGUAGCGUGUUCGAUUACAUCCACCCUGCGGAUCACGUUGAGAUGGCAGAGCGUCUUGGCAUUAGGCCACACCUCCGGGCAGAGGCAGGCUGUCAAACGUCCCAUGAGAGCGCUUCGAGCUCCGCCUCCACAUCCUCACUAGCCGGCACUCCAGAACCAGCACCAUCUAGUCCCUGUUCUCCAGUCAGAGAAUUAUCGGAACGUGGAUUCUUCAUCAGGAUGAAAUCCACCCUCACCAAGCGUGGCCUCCACGUUAAAUCCUCGGGCUAUAAAGUGAUUCAUGUGACAGGUCGGAUUCGGUGUCGGCCAGCCCUGGUGCCAGGCUCCUCCCGCGCCUUGCAUCGACCAAUGGGAUUGGUUGCUCUGGCUCACACGCUUCCACCCUCCACGCUCAAUGAGGUGCGCAUGGAAAGUCACAUGUUUGUCUUCAGAGUUAACAUGGACCUGCAGGUCACCUACUGUGAGAACAGGAUUUCAGAGUACAUGGACCUGAGCCCAGCUGAGGUGGUUGGACGUACCUGCUACCAUUUCAUCCAUGCAGAAGACCUGGACACCAUCAGGCAGAGCCAUGAAGACUUGCUGCGGAAAGGGCAGGUUGUGACAGGGUAUUAUCGCUGGUUGCAGAGGAGAGGAGGGUAUCUGUGGAUUCAGUCCUGUGCCACCGUGUCCAUUAACCACAAAGCGCCCCAUGAGCGUAACGUCAUCUGGGUCAACUAUGUGCUCAGUCGACUAGAGCUGGCAGACAUGCCUCUGGACUUAUUACAACUCCCAGAAAGCCUGAGGGCAGAGAGGCAUCAAGCAAGCUCCUCCCCACGCGACACCUCUCCAAAGGCACAAGGUUCCACAGGGACACAGCCAUUGAAAGGCAGGACGGAGACAGACCACAAAGGGAAGGAAGUCUUCUCACACACUGCUGCCAGCCAGUCAGAGAACUCCAGAAAGAGAUCGCACCAGUCUGAUGCUGAAAGCGGUCCUCCUGAGGCGAGGAGGCGGAUGGAGGUGUUCCGGCAGAGAGAGGACAGCCCAUGUACUUCCUCGGACCAAGCCAGCGACAGCGAGGUGGAAGAGGACGAUGAGAGGGAGAGCGAGUGGGACCACAACCCCACCAGAAAACGGGUGAAGAGCGAAGAGGGGCAGUUGAAGCAAGGCAACGGGGCCAAUGGAGCAAGUAAGAUCCACAACGGUCGUGCAGUGAUCCAGCAUCUUAAGAGUGUGGUGACCAGUUCCGGGUCGAAUAUUAAGACUGAACAAGAAGUAAUGGGAACAAGUGUAGGUGCGGGUUCUGGGAGGCGUUGGAGCCAAGCUCAGCACAGCAGUGGAGGAACCAAUGGCAGCAGUCCACCUUCCCAACCUCAAAACUCAACCCCGACAGAAGCUCCAUCCAAGGGUCUCUUCAACCCACCCUCCCCGACCCUGUCACCAUCCAUUCCAGCCUCAUCCCUGCCCAGAGAUGAUCGCUCCAUCCAUGGAGGGCGCGCUCCGGACUUCGAACUGCUGCAAAGACUGACUGCUAGUGGGGCUGCAGGACGUGUGCUCUUUCAUCCCUUGGCUCUCGGCCCACAGGGGCCUCAGAGUCUCUAUGCUCCCAGCACUAUUCGCUACGCCCCACCUGAGAUGCCUUCAGUUCACUCUGAAGGGCACCGCUCAGACCAUGUGGCCAAAACUCCUGCUUUCUUUCCCCACUUGCAAAGGAUCGCAUCUCUGCCUCCCUUCAGUGGUUUUUCUCCAGCUGAACCCACUUUUCCUCCAACUCUGCCCUUCUGUAUGAACGGACUGAGGGGAGCAGCAGGGACAGAUGAGGAUUGAGGACAAAGACAGAAAAAAAUGUAAAGGAGAGGCGGAAGAGGUCGUAAAGGACAGGGCACAAUGUUGAGAGAGGAACUGCUGAAGAACUUGGGGUUUUUCAAACAGUCUUCCGAGCAUCCUCUCCAGACUUUUCUCUGUUAAUUUGUUAGUGUGUCUUCCUCUCUCUGGACAAGCAGUCAAAGCCAUAAUGAACAUUUGAAGGACAUCAUGCAACUUACACAAAGGGGCCAUCAUUGAGGCCUAAACCACUGGAAAUACAGGGCCAUCAUGUGGAAGGAGAGCCCAGGACGUUGUCCUGGGGUUGCGUACAAAGGUCCUCUUUGACCCCUAGGGAGAUGGGCUCACCUAUACAUUUUCUCCAAGUCCCCAUAAAUUUAAGAAACCACACAGGAAUAUGCAAGUAUGGACAAAAGUAGAAUGGCGGCAAUUGCCAAAUAAGACAUUCCUAAGGAAACAAUACAUAAGAAAGCACAGUCCACAGGUCCCUGACUGACAGAGGGGUCGUAAUGAAAAUAAAGAUUAGAAAUUUUGAACAGUGUAGAAUUUUCAUUUUUGUAUUAAAGAAAGAAUUGUCUUUAAACAUCUAAAAAGAAUCACUUGAAAAAAUGAUUAAUUCAAGGUCAUAGCCAUAUAUAGAUAACGCUGAGUUAAGAGACUCCAUACAUGCAAAUGCUCCAAAAGAUUUUUUUUCCCACAAGUCAUGAGCAAAUAUCAUGGACUAAUCUUCCUAUAAGAAAUUUGGGGGUUUUGUGGGGUGGUGGGGAGGGAGGAGGUGGUUAAGUGUGUCUAUUUGUCAUGUAUCAUGUCCAAGCACUUAUAGUAUAUUGUUGCAUACACGUAGCACUUCAUCCAUGGCCAGACAUUCUAGUUCUCCUACUGUAAAAACCACAAGAAUUAAGUUUACAAUAGUUGUGCCAGAAAUAUGCCGAUGAUUCCAGAAACUAAAGUGUGGAGAAUGUUGUCUGUUAUAUAAAGGUGUAAUGUUUUAUUUUAAAAUAAAUUGUCCACUGGAUAUCACAAAACUUGUCAUAAACAUGUCCAGAUCAUAUUUCACUCCAAAAUCCAAAGAAAUUAAUUGUAUUUUGCUUAUUUUUCCUUUUUUAUGACAUUAUUGAAAUGUGAAUUAAGUACAUUCACUACAAAUUCUCAUUACUGUAAUGCAAAAAGUACUUACAUUUAAUAAAAAUCACCAAAAAGAAUUACAAAAAAAAAAAAAGGUAAAACAAAUAGACACAUUACUCCUUGAGAAUUUGGGGGAGAAUGUGCGCAAAUUUCAUUAAAAUAAUACCAAACUGCAAAAAGUCUUAAUGGUCCUAAAAAAGGCCUUUUUUGGAUUUUGAAGUAAAAUGUUACCUGUGACACUGAGAUUCACCCCACUAUGUAAAGCUAAGGCACACUGUUCCAAAACCUAGUGAGCUGCAUAGCACUGUAAUGCAUUUUCCAUGAUCCUGAUGUAAGACAUACAGUAAAAUAUUAAAUGGUAAAAUGAGAUACCUCAUUUUUUCCAGAUUCUAAGGUCUCAUUUCAGUGUAGAUCCCAGAAUGCAUUGCAGCAGUGUUUGUGUUUACAAUAUAUUCUUUGUGCUCACAGUAUUUUUAGCUUAGAAACACGCUAACGUAAAAUGAUUGGAAUCAAAGAGUUUUCUUUUGUGUACUUCUUGUCUGUAGACGUACAAAGUGAGGCAGCUCACUAGAUUUUGGAGUCAGGGUGCAGAACAAUAAGGUCUAUGUUCUUAAAAGAUGUUUAAAAAAAAUGUAUAAAACAGUAUGGGUUCCUUUCAUGAGGAUGAAUAGAUGACAAAAAAAUCAAUCCCUUUCAGGUUGUAGUCACUAAAAUAGUUUUAUGAACAAAAAUAUGGAUGUUGUAAGUGGACCACGAAAACUAUAUUAAGUUCUGGUAACUGAUGAAACCACAUUGAAGACAGCAAUGUGGUUUAAGCAGUAACUAAUUACAAAAGGACAGAUACAAGAUUCACCAUGUGAACAUUUUCUAGGUUUUUUGUUGUUUUUUGUGUAUGCAGGUUUCUCUGCCCAUGCAGUAUUACCAGAUAUGAUGGUUUUCAGUAGCACUAAAUGAUAUGAGAUGGUUUUUAUUUGUAUUUGUGAUUGAGGGCGAAUGUGUAAAUAGUUGAGAGAAUCAGUCCUGAAACAUCAGCUCGAGUUGGUGUUCCCUUAACCUUUACCAUCACUGUGAUUCUAACUUCUUUAUGAUGAGAUGUUUGUGAAAAUACAGCACCAUGAGCAUUAAAUGAAAAUGAUACACUGUAAAAACGAUUAUUAUGAUAAUCCAAACAACAAUAAUAAACUCUA